CAACAGGUGAAACCAGAAAUGUGUUGCACCUCCGGGCCGGAUCCUGUUAAGACUGUUUAGACAUAAUACUUCUUUAAUUGUAUUAUUUAAUGUCUCACUUUUUCAAUUGAAACUUUGAUAUUUAAUUGCUCUGGACAUGGACUGGAGUAAAGGCCUAAAUGACAGCUGUUUUUGUAUUUUUUUUAUUGGCUACUGCCUACUGAAGCUGCAGAAUAGGCUUUUUUUUUCAAUGUCAUAGGACUUUUCAGUGUUUCAUGCCUCACAUUGGAAAUACUUGAGAGCUGUGUUGACCAGUGGAAAUGGGGACCUCUGUUUUGUUUGAGGUCAGGACUGAGAGAGGAGUCUUUUGCUUGCUUCUGCUCCUCUUGCUCUGCUGUGUUGGAGGGAAAUGUGUGCUGAAGGAAUCAAAACCUUUCCACAAUGAACCCCAGGCCUUCCCAAAGGAGGAGAGGGCCAGCCUUCCUGUGUUUACGAUGGACUACCCUCGGAUCCAGGUUCCCUUUGAGUUUACACUGUGGGUGCUGCUGGCCUCUUUUGCCAAAAUUGGUUUCCACAUUUACCAUAAAAUCACCAUCUGGAUCCCAGAGUCCUCCCUCCUGAUUGCCGUCGGCCUCAUCGUUGGUGCCAUCAUGCACUCAGUCAAAGAGGAGCCCCCCGCUGUUCUCAGCUCCAACGUCUUCUUCCUCUACAUGCUCCCACCCAUCAUCCUCGACAGCGGCUACUUCAUGCCCACGAGGCCGUUCUUCGAAAACGCCGGCACAGUGCUGUGGUACUCCGUGGUGGGAACUCUGUGGAACAGUAUCGGGGUCGGGCUUUCCCUCUUUGCCGUCUGCCAGUUUGAGGUGUUUGGACUUCAAGAUAUCAACCUGCAGGAGAACUUACUGUUUGGCACCAUCAUCUCGGCUGUGGACCCCGUGGGUGCGCUGAAUGUGUUUGAGGACAUUGGAGUCAAUGAACAGAUAUACAUAGUCAUAUUUGGAGAGGGACUCUUCAACGAUGCUGUCACUGUGGCUCUUUACAGCACCUUUUCCUUUUUGGCAAACUUGCCCCUCAUUGAAUCCACUGAUGUGUUUCUGGGAGUUGCCAGGUUCUUCGUGGUGGCGGCCGGAGGCGUCCUCUUUGGCCUUCUGUUUGGAUUCGUGUCUGCGUUCACCACGCGUUUCACCCACAAUGUCCGUCAGAUCGAGCCCCUCUUCGUCUUCAUGUACAGCUACCUGGCGUACCUGGUGGCCGAGUGUUUUGCCAUCUCCAGCGUCUUGGCCAUUAUAACAUGUGCCAUAACCAUGAAGUACUACGUGGAGGAGAAUGUGUCCCAGAGAUCCUGCGCCACCAUCCGCCAUGUUGUCAAGAUGCUGGCCACUGUCUCUGAAACCCUCAUCUUCUUCUUCCUGGGUGUUGUUACCAUAACAACUGAACACAAGUGGAACUGGGCCUACAUCCUGUUUACGCUGCUGUUCGCCUUCAUCUGGAGAGGAACUGGCAUCCUGGUGCUGACCCAGAUCAUCAACCCGUUCCGCACCAUCCAGUUCACUUUCAAGGACCAGUUUGGCCUCGCCUACGGAGGCCUGCGAGGGGCAAUAUGCUUCGCCCUGGUCUUCACUUUGCCCAGUAACAUCAACAGAAAAAACAUGUUUGUCACUGCUUCGAUUGCCAUUAUCAUAUUCACUGUUUUCAUACAGGGCAUCAGCAUCCGUCCCAUAGCAGAAUAUAUAAACAUCAGGAGAACCAACAAAAACCUGAACACCAUCAACGUAGAGGUUCACACCAGAGUGAUGGAGCAUGUUGUUUGUGGUCUUGAGGACUUGUGUGGACAAUGGAGCCACUAUUACUGGAAAGACAAGUUUAAGAAGUUCAACGAUCGUGUUUUGAGGCGCAUCCUGGUCCGAGACAGCAGGGCUGAGUCCAGCAUUGUGUCUCUGUAUAAGAAACUGGAGCUGCAGAAUGCCAUCGAGUUACUGGACACACCUAUGGGAGACCUGAGCGCAGCGCCAUCUAUCGUUUCUCUGCAUGACGGGAGGAAAGAGGUGUUUCGACCGAGGAAACAGUUCCUGGCUGCUGACGUGAGGAAAAUGCACGACAUCCUGUCAAAGAACAUGUACAAAAUCAGACAGAAGACGAUAGCUUACACCAACAAAUAUAAUCUGCCCGAUGACAGUCGAACCAGGGAGAUUCUGAUUCGCCGCCACGCGAGCAUUAGACGAAGCGCCCGUGCCAGAAGUUUCCGCGAGCUGCCUGAACAAAACAUCCUCAGGUCUCAAAAGUACUACUCCCUCCAACCGGGAGGGGAUCUGGAGUCUGCCUUUCCCCUCAGAAGACGAAGUCAUGGUGGUGGUAGUGACGUGGACCGUCUCUCAGCCCGUCUCCAGCCCUCUGGUGUGUCGCCACACUCCUCAUCCCGCUCUCUGGUUCCUAUGAGGAGGCUGAACACCAUUGAGGAGUCUGGACGUGCAGGGGAGCAGCCAGGCGCUUCUGCCCGCCCACACUCACCCUCUCCUGGGGUUGAUGUUUUGGACGAGAGGGGUCCUGGAAGUCUAGGAGGUUUUAGCAUCAGAGGCAGGAGAGCACCAGUUCUUGCACCCAGGAGGCGCACUUUGGAUCGGGGAGACAGAGAUGAAGACCCCACUGACUCUGAAUGUACAGGAGAAAGGGAGGAACCAGUGAGCCCUCCCCGCCUACCACCACCUCGUGGCUGGGUACCUGAGAACCAGGAUGCCAGAGACAAUGUGGCGGGAAACCCCCUACGUAGACACUCGUCACAGGGGCCUCGAGGCUCAGAGAGAUCAUCACGGACAGAGAGGGAAGUAUUUUGAAUCAGGUCAGGUGGAUGAGGAUAAAAUAAUCUUAUUUGCUGAGAUAAAAAAAAAGUCAAAUUAGCUAAUUGACAACUUUGAACUGUGAAACAUGGUCAGAGUUUGGUGAAAAUGAUUUUCACGUCAUGAUAGUAUCCGCCUCUUCUCUUAUAUGUGUUUUUUACUGCUCUUUUCUAGAUAAAACAUUUGGUUUUGCCCACUGAGGUUUAACUCAACCAGUGUUGUUAUUUCUCUGUUUCUCAAAGGAAUUUGUAUAAUAAAAACUGCAAUGCAACACGA